UUCAAGUUGUAUAUAAAUACACAACCCCACACACGCCUCAGCCCUCACCAUAUUCUCUGUACUCAACUCUCUCUCUUGCAACACAACAACCAACCAUGAUACCUUCCUUCCUAUUUUUCUUCUUCUUCACCUUCUUUUCUCUCUCAACCCAACAUGACCAGAACCAAAACCAAAACCAAAACAACUCCUCACUCUCUCUCUCUUUCCCUCUUACUGCUCUUCAUCUCCAUCCAAACACCUCCUCAUCUCUCAACCCUUCUCUUCUUUCUCCAUACCCAAGACCCAAAACCACCCCAUCAUCACCGUACAGAUACAAAUCAACGUUUAAGUAUUCAAUGGCUCUGAUCGUUUCUCUCCCAAUAGGGACCCCACCACAGACCCAACAAAUGGUUUUGGACACUGGCAGCCAACUCUCAUGGAUUCAGUGUCACAACAAAAAGAAGACCCCCAAAGUUCCACCUCCUCCUCCUCCUACGGCGUCGUUUGAUCCUGCUCUUUCCUCUUCUUUCUCUGUCCUACCUUGUAACCAUCCUAUUUGUAAACCUCGAGUUCCCGAUUUUACCCUCCCAACUUCUUGCGACAAAAACCGUCUCUGCCACUACUCUUACUUCUACGCGGACGGGACUUUAGCCGAGGGCAAUCUUGUCCGAGAAAAAUUCACAUUUUCCCGUUCCGUUAUGACCCCUCCUUUUGCCCUAGGUUGUGCACAAGAUACUAGUGAAACCAAGGGUAUUUUGGGAAUGAACCUGGGACGCUUGUCAUUUGCUUCCCAAGCCAAAAUCUCUAAGUUCUCAUAUUGUGUCCCGACCCGGACGACCCGACCUGGGUCCUUACCCACCGGGUCAUUUUACCUCGGUAACAACCCGAACUCUGCCAGAUUUAAGUACGUUAACCUAUUGACUUUCAAGCAAACUCAACGUAUGCCUAACCUUGACCCUCUAGCCUACACGGUGGCAAUGCAAGGGAUAAGAAUUGGUGCAAAAAAGCUCGACAUCCCUCCGUCGGUUUUUCGACCCAACCCAAGCGGGUCGGGUCAGACCAUGAUUGAUUCUGGAUCCGAAUUCACUUACUUGGUGGAGGAGGCAUAUAAUAAGGUGAGGGAGGAGAUUGUGAGAUUGGUUGGCCCAAGACUAAAAAAAGGUUAUGUGUACGAAGGAAUGGCUGACAUGUGUUUUGAUGGGAAUGCAAUUGAGAUCGGACGGCUGAUAGGGAAUAUGGUGUUUGAGUUUGAAAAAGGGGUGGAGAUUGUAGUGGAAAAAGAGCGGGUUUUAACUGACGUGGGACGUAGGGUCCACUGUAUUGGAAUUGGACGGUCUGAUGGGCUAGGGGCUGCCAGUAAUAUAAUUGGGAAUAUCCAUCAGCAAAAUCAAUGGGUGGAAUUUGAUCUGGCAAAUCGUAGAGUUGGGUUUGGUAAGGCUGAUUGUAGCAGAUCAUUAGUGUAAGUGAGUGAGUGAGUAACACUAUUGAAACACAAUAUUAGAAAUGAUGUAAUAAUAUUUGAUAUAUUUUCCGGAAAGUCUAUAUAUGGAUUCAACAUAAUUAAAGGCUCUUACUAGAAGGAGGAAAAUAAAUGAAAUCAAGGAAGGCCCCAUGUGAACAUUAAUAUCAGAAGGACCGAGGGCCAUUCCAAGAGUGGGGCAGGGCAUCCAUGAGAUGAGAUAUAUUAUGUUUACGUACAAGCAAUAUUGUAAUCGCUGAUCAAAAAUAGCUGUGUUGUAUUAUAAAGUUCAGAGCAAUGUAUAUAUAUGAGGAUGUGAAUUAUGUUAUCA